AAAUAUAAAUUAUUGACAUUUAGGGCAAUAAUGGACCAGUAGUUUAUAUCACAAUGACUUCAGUCCUGAGGAGAGUGUACCACAUCGCAGCGUUCAGCUGGUAUGCUUUUAUUGUGAAGAGUCUCGCUGCUAAGGAUGGAGAGGAGUUACCACCAGGAAUCUUUGUUUAUGGAGGACCCUGGAAGUACCUUACAUUUUUGAAUUUGUUAUUACAAAUGUUAUUCUUUGGACUGGCGGCACUAAGGGAUCUACAACCUGGGAAAAAUUCAGAGAGUACCCUGAACAGAUGUAAAGAUUUUCUCUUUGCUGUCUAUGCUUUCCCUGUGGGCAUGUUUGUCGUUCUACUUUUCUGGAUGAUCUUUGCCUACGACAGAGAGUUAGUCUACCCAGCUACUAUAGACACCUUCUUCCCCCCCUGGAUAAACCACGCCAUGCACACGCUCGUCUUUCCAGUUUUACUUGGAGAGGUGCUGGUGCAGCCUCACGUCUACCCACAGACUAAACAUGCACUGGCAGCAUUAGGAGGUGUGGGCCUGGCGUACUUAUUUUGGAUUAUAUGGGUGUACUUGUCAGUUGGGAUCUGGGUGUAUCCCCUUCUGAAGCACUUCAGCCCUGCUGGUCUGGUGUGCUUCUUCUGCUUUAACAUGACGGUGGUCACACUGCUCUAUGUGACAGGAGAGAAACUCAACAGCCAUAUCUGGAGCAAGGACAUUAACAAAAUGACAGCAAAAACAAAGUAAUUCAGUGUCUCUGCCGCUUGAAAAUGCUCAAAAAGUAAACAGUCAGGUAACUUUUGAAUGAAGAAGUAACACCAUUUUUCUCUUUCGAAUAAAAAGUUUAAUUUACAAGUAAUAAAAUGCACCAUUACUCAAAUAAAUACACUCAGGGGUUUUGCUGAUACAGCCUUUGUUGGUCUGGUGUGACCAGAUAAUGGUGGCUAAUGUUGGCUAAAGUUAGCAAACCAAAUAUUUCUUUGUAACGCACAUAAUUGAGUCAUCUCACGGACUAUAUCAUAUGAUUAAUGAGUCACUUCACUGACUACAUGAUUGUUCUAUGCUGGUGCUACUGUCAAUGUUCAGCCAUGGUAGUUAAGCCCUUGUAAAUCAAACACUUAACUCCUUUUUUAGCAUUUACAGGCGCAUCUCAAUAAAUUAGAAUAUCAUAGAAAAGUGUAUCUAUGUCAGUAAUUCAAUUAAAAAACUGGAAAUAACAACUUAUAUAGAUCCAUUACACACAAAAUGAAACAUUUAAUGUCUUACAUUUAAUGAAGACCUAAAAUUCAGUGUCUCAAAAUUUUUUGAAUAUUACAAAAGACCAUCAAUAUGCACUUAAUACUUGGUUGGGGCUAUUCAACUUGAAAAACUGGAAAUAGUGAUAUUCUAAUGUAAUGAGAUGCUCCUGUAGCUUCAAGCAAGCAAUAGUCCAUCACUUGUAGCCACAGUAGCUGCUGUUAGCAAUUGUUACAUAAUCUGACUUUAAAGGGGUUACUCUGUGUUGAAACUGUAAGCCUAUACAAUGUAAAUGUUCAGUUUCACAACUCAACACAGGGCUAUUAACAUUGCAAUACCACUUCAAUAAUGCUAUUUAAACAUCAAAGCAAGCUUAAUAAAGUGAGUACCACCGAAAGCUGCAGCUCAAGCAACAUCUCCCUCUUUCUAUAUAUUCAUUUUAUGCAUUUCCUGAUUAAAAAGCACAUUGGAUGUUAUAUAAAAAUAGAGCUCUUUUCCACCAAUAAUACAGUCAGGCAGUAAAGGAAGCAGUCAGGAUGCACCAUCAAUAUGAUCACAUCCAUA